AUGGAGAUACGGGACGUUAACGGACAGUGGAGGGAUUUGUGGGUUUCUUUUUGUCUUGCGCUGCUGAUGGUGGCUAAACUGGAAGGAAUAUCUGCUCAAAUACGAUAUUCCAUCCAGGAAGAAUUGAAAUCGGGGACAGCAGUUGGAAAUGUAGCCAAAGACCUCGGGUUGGAUGUUGGAAGACUGGCGGAUAGGAAUCUUCGUGUCGUGUCAGGAACAAAGCAGGAUCUGUUUAAGGUAAAUCCCAGAGAUGGCGUUUUGUUGGUGAACCAGAGGGUAGACAGAGAAGAGCUGUGCGCAAAAACGGUUCCAUGCAUCACAAAUCUGAAAGCAGUUGUAGAAAACCCCCUCGAAAUGCACCAAAUAAUAGUCGAGAUACUGGAUGUAAACGACAACUGGCCGAAAUUUCCCGAAGAAAACUACACAUUGGAAGUGUUGGAGUCCGCCGUAGUUGGUUCUCGGUUUCAAAUGGAAGGAGCGCACGAUUUGGAUGUCGGUUUGAAUUCCCUACAUUCAUAUAAGCUAAACCACAACCAGUAUUUUCGCUUGGAAACCGAGGAGUUUGGCGAGGAUGCAAAGGUUCCAUUCCUCGUCUUACAGCGACCUUUGGAUAGAGAACACACUGCUCAACACCGGUUACUAUUAACGGCUACAGAUGGAGGGAAGCCAUCAAAAUCUGGUACUAUUAAUAUCACUGUUGUUGUAUCUGACGUAAAUGACAAUCCACCAGUGUGUGAUAAACAAAAAUACACCGCAACAAUAAGAGAAAACGUCCCUCCAGGGACAUUUCUGCUGACAGUAAAUGCAUCUGACUCAGACGAGGGCGCAAACGGUGAGAUUGAAUAUUCCUUAAGGAGCAAAAUUAGAGGACUGUCAUCUGAGCUGUUUGAUUUGAAUAGUAAAACUGGACAACUAACUGUGAAAGGACGCCUUGACUAUGAAGAAAAGCAAGUCUACGAGAUUAAAGUACUGGCUGCGGACAAAGGCGCCGUGUCUCUUUCCACACACUGCAACGUGGUGGUUAAAGUGGAAGACGUGAAUGAUAACCAGCCUGAAAUAGACAUCACGUCCCUUUCGAGUCGCAUUCCAGAGGAUGCACCUCCAGGCACUGUGGUGGCGCUGAUGGGUGUCACGGAUCUUGACUCAGGUGUGAACGGACAGGUGGUCUGCAACGUGCCGAGUAAUUUACCUUUUGACUUAAAGCCAUCCCCUGACGGGCAGUCAUACUCUUUGGUUACCAAGGAUUACCUAGAUAAAGAAACAAUGCAUAUGUAUAACAUUACAAUAACAGCCAAGGACUUAGGGAGCCCUGCUCUGUCAUCUACAAAGGUGAUCCAGGUAGAUGUGCUGGAUGUUAACGAUAAUAGUCCUUUGUUUACUGAAAGUCCAUAUACUUUUUAUGUGCCUGAGAACAACAAGGCGGGGAUGUCAAUUUUCUCAGUGAGCGCGACUGAUGCUGAUGGUGGAGAAAAUGCAGUAGUCACAUACUCACUGGAUCGUAAGACUCCAGGACAUACGAUUGCCUCCUUUUUAAAUAUAAAUGAAGCCAAUGGCACGAUUACAGCGCUGAAAAGUUUCGACUUUGAAACGCUGAAAACGUUCCAGUUCCAAGUGGUUGCCACAGAUUCUGGAGCUCCGUCACUCAGCAGCAACGUCACAGUCAACGUGUUCAUUCUGGAUCAGAACGACAACGCUCCAGUCAUCCUGUAUCCACUCAGCUCCAACGGCUCUGCUGAAGGUGUGGAGGAGAUUCCCCGCAAUGUCAACGCAGGACACUUGGUCACCAAAGUCAGAGCCUAUGACGCUGAUAUAGGAUAUAACGGAUGGUUGCUCUUCUCACUGCAGGAACUCACUGACCACAGUCUCUUUGGUCUGGACCGAUAUACAGGACAGAUCAGAACACUUCGCUCAUUCACAGAGACAGACGAGGCUGAGCACAAACUGGUCAUACUGGUCAAAGACAAUGGAAACGUUUCACUCUCAGCUACAGCUACUGUCAUUGUCAAACUUGUGGAGCCCAAAGAGGCUUUUGCAGCUUCUGAUGUCAAAAGUGCAGCAAAAGACCAGGGAGAAGAUGAUAUUAUAUUUUACCUGAUUAUAACUUUGGGCUCAGUUUCUGUACUUUUUCUCAUCAGCAUCAUCGUGCUGAUUGCAAUGCAGUGCUCCAAAUCCACAGACUAUACUUCCAAAUAUCUGCAAGAGACCAAUUAUGAUGGGACACUGUGUCACAGCAUCCAGUACAGAUCUGGAGACAAACGCUACAUGUUAGUUGGACCCAGGAUGAGUAUAGGAUCUACUAUAGUUCCCGGCAGCCACGCAAAUACACUGGUGCUCCCUGACAGGAGGAGAACAUCUGAAGAGGCCCUGCCCAUCUCUGGAUCAUCUCUGAUGGAGGUGGUGCACUGA